CUCCGCUAACCUGCACACUGGGGCCGCGCACCGCCGAGGGGCAGACCGUGCUCGCUGAAUUCUGCUGUACUGGGAGUCCACUUUCUUCUCCGUCUCUGGUGACUUUUCAGGACAACAUUUGUAAAGCAUGUCCGGUAGAAGCAUACCCGCCAGGGUGCUGCUUGCAUUGUGCAUCGGGACCGCGGUGCACUGCAUGCCCAAGGGGAACCACAAGAACCGAAGACAGGCGCAACAGCAUCACGUCCCGUCGGUGUCCCAGGAUGGCUGCAUAGAGAGCGGUCAUUUCUACAACAUUAACGACCAGUGGGAGCGGCAGUACUUGGGCAGCACUCUGGUGUGCACUUGCAACGGAGUCGCCGGAAUUAAGUGUGUAAGCAAGCCCGAAGUUGAAGAAAGAUGUCAUGAUAAGAUCAACCAGCAGUACUACACUGUGGGAGAAACCUAUGAGAGACCCAAGGAUGGCAUGAUUUGGGAUUGUACCUGCAUCGGAUCUGGCAGGGGCAAAAUCAGCUGCACCAUUGCCAAUCGUUGUCAUGAGGACGGCGCUUCAUAUAAAAUCGGAGACACCUGGAGGAGACCUCACGAGACAGGAGGCUACAUGCUGGAGUGCGUCUGUCUGGGGAACGGCAAAGGAGAAUGGACCUGCAAGCCUGUUGCUGAGCGUUGCUAUGACAACACGGCGGGGACAUCCUAUGUUGUUGGGGAAACGUGGGAGAAGCCCUACCAGGGAUGGAUGGUUGUGGACUGCACCUGCCUGGGAGAAGGAAGUGGCCGCAUAACAUGCACCUCCAGAAAUCGUUGUAACGACCAAGAUACUCUGAGCUCGUACCGGAUUGGCGACACGUGGACAAAGACGGACGCCAGAGGCAACCUUCUCCAAUGUCUGUGCACCGGGAACGGCCGUGGCGAAUGGAAGUGCGAGAGACAUGCCUCACUUCACACGACUGGCUUGGGCACCGGCUCUCGCGUGAUCACGAAUAUCCAGCCGGCCGUCUACCAGCCCGCUCCCGAGCUUCCGCAAGAGGGACCCUGUCGCACUGACUCCGGACUGUCCUAUUUUGUCGGUCAGCGCUGGCUGAGGAGUCAAGGAACCAAACAGAUGAUGUGUACCUGUUUGGCCAAUGGCGUCAGCUGUGAACAGUGGGAUGGCCCGGCUCCGGUGCACGGGGGCAACUCGGGAGGUCAGCCUUGUGUGUUCCCUUUUGUCUACAAGGGCAAGACCUACCACGCUUGCACCUCAGAUGGACGCGCUGAUGGCCAGCUGUGGUGUUCCAUUUCGUCUGACUUUGAGACGGAGCAAAAGUAUUCUUUCUGCACGGAAAAGAACGUCAUCGUGGCGACGAGGGGCGGCAAUUCAAACGGCGCUCUGUGCCAAUUCCCCUACCUGUACAACGGACGGAACUACACCGACUGCACCGCAGACGGACGCAGAGACGGCAUGAAGUGGUGCGGCACCACGACAAACUAUGACGGCGAGCAGCGCUUUGGAUUCUGCCCCAUGGCUGCCCAUGAAGAAGUUUGUACCUCCAGCGAGGGGGUCAUGUACCGCGUGGGGGACCAGUGGGACAAACGCCACGAUGUGUUGGAUCACAUGAUGCGCUGUACCUGUGUGGGCAACGGCCGAGGGGAAUGGAGCUGCGUUGCCUACUCCCAGCUUAAAGACCAGUGUAUUGUGGAUACUCUGACCUAUGAAGUGAACCAGACCUUCACCAAGCAACAUGAAGAAGGCUACACGAUGAACUGCACCUGUUUUGGACAGGGGCGAGGCCGCUGGAAGUGCGACGCUAUUGACCAGUGCCAGGAGCCAGAAACACGAGCCUUCUACCAGAUUGGCGAGUCUUGGGACAAAGUCAUCCAUGGAAUCAUGUACAAGUGCUAUUGCUAUGGUAACGGCAUUGGAGAACUCAGCUGCGAGCCCCAGCAGUCCUAUCCUGGUGGUCAGCGUCCUGUGCAGGUGCUCAUAACCGAAUCCGCCAACCAACCCAACUCGCAUCCCAUUCAAUGGAACGCCCCACCCUCCGCUCACAUCAGCCAAUACAUCCUCAAAUGGAGAGUGAAAAAUAGCCACAACGCGUGGAAGGAGGUGAUGAUCCCCGGUCAUCUUCACUCCUACACCAUCUCCGGACUUAAACCGGGCAUCACCUACGAAGGUCAGCUGAUCAGCGUGCUGCGCUUCGGACAGCAGGAGAUCACACGCUUUGACUUCACCACACAUUAUGGAUCAUUGGCGACAACACAAGGCGAGACCACCCAACCGCCACCCGUGGUGGACACCUCCGAGUCUGUGACAGAAAUCACUUCCAGUAGCUUCGUCAUCUCUUGGGUGUCGGCCUCCGACACGGUGUCCGGUUUUCGAAUCGAGUACGAACUCAGCGAGCAGGGACAGAGCACGAGGGAGCCGGUGGUUCUCGACCUGCCCCGCACAACUACAUCAGUGAACAUCAACGACCUGCUACCAGGGAGGAAGUACACGGUUAACGUCUACGAGGUGACAGAUGGCGGCGACAACCUCAUUCUUUCCACUGCACAAACCACUGCUCCCGACGCCCCCGCUGAGCACGAAGUGGAGGAUAUUGGAGAAACCUCGAUUGUGAUUAGCUGGGAUAAACCGCUAGCUCCCAUCACCGGCUAUCGAGUCGUCUACACGCCAUCGGUGGAAGGCGAAAGCACCGAGCUGACUCUUCCUGACACGGCAACGUCUGUGACUCUGAGUGAUCUGCGCCCGGGCAAAUUGUACAACAUUAGCAUUUACGCCGUGGAGGACAGCUUGGAGAGCGAGCCCAUUUUUGUGCAGGUCAACACUGCCGGAGAUCCUCUGCCAGAGGAAGUUGCCUCCCCGACAGACCUGCAAUUUUACGAGGUAUCAGAUAAGAAAAUCGUUCUGACUUGGUCCGGGCCAGCCGGCGACGUCUCGGGUUACCGGGUCACGGUGAUCCCGGUGGACGCGUCUGGCUCUCCUCAGAGAGAGAUGACGCUACCCGUCAGCCAAAACUCGUACAUUGAGGUGACCCACCUCCAGCCUGGAACGCUUUACCGCUUCAACGUCUACACCAUCCACAACGGAGAGGAGAGCAUUCCGCUUAUCGGGGAGCACACCACAAAGCCCGACGCUCCAACAGAUAUCCACUUUUCCAACGUGACAGAGGACAGCGCAGUGAUUCUGUGGUUUGCCCCACGAGCCAAAAUUAGCGGAUACCGUCUCUUCCUGAUCGUCGAGGGGUCCAACCCGAAGCAACUUCGCCUGCCGGCUCGGCUCACCCAGUACACCCUCCUCAACCUGAAGCCGGACACAAUGUACACGGUGACGCUCCACUCAGAGCAAGACAACACGCUGAGUGAAGGAGAGACAGCCGUCUUCAACACUAACCCACCAAUGGGCAACGCUCCCCACUUCAGCACUGACGUUACCGACACUUCUAUUAUCAUCUCUUGGACUCCUGUGCCACACGUCAGCUACAAGUUGACAGUGCGUCCCAGUCAGGGCGGAGAAGCCCCUCGAGACGUGACCUCAGAUUCAGGAAGCAUUUAUGUAUCCGGUCUGACUCCCGGCGUGGAAUAUACCUACAGUGUGCAACCAGUCAUCCACGGCCAAGAACAAGGAACCCCCAUCACGCGUCGUGUGGUCACACCUCUGUCACCUCCCACUGAGCUCCACCUGGACUCGAACUCGAGCAAUGGCGAUAUUACAGUCCAGUGGAAUGGAGCAAAUACGCCAGACAUCACCGGCUAUAGAGUGACGUGCGCUCCCACCAAUGGGCAGCAAGGAAACAGCGUGGAGGAGUUUGUGCAGGCCGGAGAGAACUCUUGCACCCUCGAGAACCUCCGUCCAGGGGUGGAGUACAACAUCAGCGUUUUUACCGUCAAGGAUGACAUGGAGAGCGCUCCCAUAUCAACAACCAUCACUCCAGAGGUCCCGCAGUUAACCGACCUCAGCUUCGACGACGUUAGCGACACCACCAUCAGCCUUCGCUGGUCUCCGCUCAACACCACAGCCGUCACUGGUUACAGAAUCACGGUGAUGGCGGCGGGCGAGAGCGUGCCCAUCUUCCAAGACACGGUUAUGCCGACCACCGGGCAUUAUACGGUUUACGGCUUGGAACCCGGUAUCGACUAUGACAUUAGCGUGAUCACCGUGACGGAGGACGGAGAGAGUGAGCCUACCGUGUUCACGCAGCAGACUUCUGUGCCGGCUCCCACUGAUCUGGGCUUCGGCCAGGUUGGCCCAGACCUUCUGGAGGUCACAUGGGUCGCGCCACGUGUCCCCAACAGGGCUGACAUCAACAACUUCCUCAUUAGGUACCAUCCCAUCGACAACGACGAUGACCUCACGGAAACCAGUGUGGAUGGCACCAUGAACAAUGUUGUGCUGAGAAAUUUGCUGCCAAACACAGAGUAUCUGGUGAGCGUGGUGUGCGUUUACGAGCAGAGAGAGAGCUCGCCCCUUGUCGGCACACACAAAACAACUCUGGAUUCACCGGUCGCUCUCCGUUUCUCUGAGAUCUUCACCACCUCCUUCACCAUUCACUGGCUGGCUCCCCAGAGCAAAAUCACCGGCUACCGCAUUCGUUACCAGAUGAGCAGCGGCGGAAGAACCAAAGACGAGAGGCUCCCCCCUUCCAGGAACCACUUCACCCUGACAGGAUUGGCCCCAGAUACCGAUUACCUGGUGAACGUCUACGCGGUUAGCGGGACGCAGGAGAGCCUGCCGCUGAGUGGCAAUCAGAAGACGAUUUCUGAUGCUCCUACAGACCUGGAAGUUCUCGACUCCACCCCCACCAGCAUCACCAUCCGAUGGGAUUCGCCUCCCGUCACUGUACGCUACUACAGGAUCACGCAUGGCGAGUCAGGAGGCCACAGCAAUCCUAAGGAGUUCACCGUGCCUGGCUCUCAGUCCACCACCACAAUCUCCAACCUGCAGCCCGGUACCGACUACACCAUCACCGUCUACGCUGUAACCGGCAGAGGAGACAGUCCGGCAUCCAGCACUCCUAUCUACGUCACGCACAGAACCGGGGUGGACUCUCCUUCCGACAUGGAGGUGAUGGACGUCAACGACAACAGCGUCACGGUGAGGUGGAGCCCCGCUCAAGGUCCAAUCAAGGGGUACCGGGUGACCGGGGUCCCCAGAAAUGGACAGGGCUCGUCUUUCACUGAAGUGGUGGCUCCAGACCAGACAGAGAUGACUUUCUCCGGCCUGAUGCCAACGGCGGAGUACACUUUUAGCGUUUAUGCUCUGGGACAAGAUGGGGAGAGUUCUCCACUGGUUGUGAACGCGCUAACAAAUGUAGACCGUCCCAAGGACCUGACCUUCUCGGACAUCGACUCCACUUCUUUGCGGAUCGGUUGGGACAGUCCCGACGGAAUCGUUACAGCUUACCGGGUCUUGUACUCCAGUUCUGAGGAGGGCGAACAAGAGCUGCGGCCUUCUCCUCGAGGAGACGCCGAGUCGGCCGUUAUCUACGGCCUGCAGCCGGGCACCGAGUACACGGUGAAGGUCAUCGCCCUGCACGACGACACGGCCAGCACAGCACUGGUUGGAACUCAAGCUACAGGGAUCCCCCCCCCCACCAACCUCCAGUUCUCGCAGGUCGGCCCCACGUCCUUCACCAUGCGCUGGACCGUGCCGGGUCAAGAAAACAGAAUAACUGGCCAAACGGGCCUCACGGGCUACCGUGUUGUUGUGAACCCUAAAAACAAGAGCGGACCCACCAAGGAGAUGAAUCUGGCCCCGGACACAACAAUGGCCCACGUCACCAGAGUCAUGGUUGCAACUACUUAUGAUGUUCACGUGUACGCUUUGAAAAACUCCUUGACCAGUCGACCGGUCCAAGGAGAGGUUACCACACUGAAGAAUAUCGGUCCCCCUCGUCGCGUGCGCCUCACUGACGUCAACGACUCCUCCAUUACGCUGACUUGGCACUACAAGACGGAUGUAAUCUCGGGCUUCCUGGUCGAGGCCACGCCCACUUCCUCUACGAGCUUCGUUCCCAUUCAGAGGACCAUCGGCGGUGACUCACGCUCGUAUACGAUCACGGGACUCGAGCCUGGUACCAGUUAUAAGAUCAACAUCUAUACACUGAAAGGAAACGGCCGCAGCGUACCUUUUACCCUCACUGCCUCCACAACCAAACCGUUGGUCAGCCCUCCCACCAAUAUCCAGUUUACUUCGCUGACCCCCAGCAGCAUUUCCUUCUCGUGGGAGCGUUCUCGCAGCCCGGGCGUGACCGGCUAUUACGUAACCUACGAGCAGCCCGGGGCUGUGCCUCAAGAAGUCAUUCCCAGACCCCACUCCAGCCAGAACUACGCCAUUAUCACCGGUCUGAAACCAGGAACAGAAUAUGUCAUUAAGAUUGUUGCCCUGCAAAAUACUUUGAGAAGCAUACCGCUCAUGGGCAAAGCCAGAACCCAGCCAGCUCCAAGUCAUUCUCUACUGAUCCCCGAGCUGCCUCAACUUCCUGUUUCUCACCGACCCACCACUGACAUCUUGGACGUUCCGGAGUCCUUCAAUGACAAAAUCUUUGACUCCAACCAUGUCCACUUGGCUGGUACGAGCGGCCAGAGCCGUCCAGGUCAGCAGGGUCAGCACAUCUACACCGAGUAUCAGAGCCUCGGUCCUAACAAUGGGCUUCACGUCCCCCACGGUGGACCCAAAGAAGGCCAGAGACCCAUUCUCCAGGAACCUCUCGUCUACAUUCCCGUGGCGGGCCCCGACGGCAACAGAGUGCCCCUGGUUAAGGUGAGCGAAACGCCUCUGCCGGGCCUUGCCUUCGGUUUCCCCGACAACGAGACGGAGUUGCCCCAAGAAGCGCAGACCAUCACAACCAUCUCUUGGCAGCCCAUCCCGCACACCUCCGAGUAUGAGGUGUCAUGUAACCCCAUCACGCACAUGGAGGAAAGAGGUUUUCAGAUGCGUCUUCCUGGCACUUCUAACAGCGCCACUCUGAUUGGACUCACAUCCGGAGCCUCUUACAAUGUGGUUGUGGAAGCCAUGAGGGGCGGGGCUAAGGAAAAAGUUCUGGAGGAAGUUGUAACCGUUGGCAAUGCAGUUCCAGGAGACAUCCCCAUUUCCACCAACCGCGACGUGUGCUAUGACACGUUCACGCACACGUACCACGAGGUGGGCUCAGAAUGGGAGCGCAUGUCCGAGACGGGCUUCAAGCUGUGGUGCCGCUGUUUGGGUCUGGGCAGCGGCCAUUUUAGGUGUGAUUCAUCCAAGUGGUGCCACGACGGCGGCAACAACUACCGAAUCGGCGAGAAGUGGGAUCGCCACGCCGACAACGGUCACAUGAUGAGCUGCACCUGCCUGGGCAACGGCAAAGGAGAAUUCAAAUGUGAACCGCACGACUCCACGUGUUACGAUGACGGCAAAAUGUACCACGUUGGAAACCAGUGGCAGAAAGAAUACCUGGGAGCCAUUUGCACCUGCACCUGCUACGGCGGACAACAGGGCUGGCGUUGCGAAAACUGCCGAAGGCCAGGCGGGCAGACCCACGUGGAGGCUGACCUGCUCCAGCCUGUCCAUCCCGAUGUCUUUGAUCGCUACAGAGAAAAUGCUCAACGCAAACUGAACAUCCAUUGUCCAAUUGAAUGUUUGAGUCCCGAACUGCUCGCUGAUGCCCAAAGCCCCUCAAAGUAGAGAAUCAGAAAAUGAACGAAAUGUGAGACCGCUUCAAGAAGGACAUCUCCUCUUGUCACGAAAGCAAGACCUUUCUACCACAUGUGUGCCUUCACCACAUUAGUGCCUUAAGAUGACUUCCCAGUAAACUGCAUCUUUGCCUUCCAGACAACAUUUUGCUGCCGGUUCUUCCGUCCAAGCAGACAUUUUUGUAUUGGAAUCCUGCCAACACACAGACAAAGUUAGAAUGCAUUCAAACAUGCUGUACACACACACACACACAACACAGUACUGUGGCACCAGGUCUUUUUCUACUAUAUUUGCGUUCAUGUCUUAAUGUCACAAGAAUGUUCCAAGAAGUCGCACCGGCUAUGUCACAAUAUCAUUAUGUUCACUUUGUCUCUGAGUGUAUUGCAAAACGUUUAUUUUGCAAUGAGGCUAUCUAACUGUGAUAACUAUUCAAGAAUGCCAACAACAAAGCAAAAGAUGAGCACCGCUACUUGUGAGAUGCUAUUAAAAGCCACCCAGCAACGUCUUGCUCGUCUGCAGCACACUUCAUUUUCCUCCCUUCAUGAAAAAGCCGAAGUUGGCUGACAAAAAGGUAAAUGUUUAACCGUUCCUCUGAAAAUGUCACCUUUAUUUCGAGGUGAGGUGUAUUUUAUUUUCUGAAUGGUUUGCUUUUCUUGUCUAUUUUGUUUCUUUUAUUUAUCCCUUUUUUACUCAGGCAUUUUGUUCAAUGCUAUUUCAGGGUUGUACACUUUUUUAAAAAUGGUUGGUGCCGAACUGAACUACUGUGGACCUUUUUAAUAAACUGACAAAU